GGGGUGCGGUACUCGGAGCUACUUUGUCUGCCGUAUUGGAACCCAGUUCUCUUCACCGUUCUCAAUUCCAUGCAUGCAGACUUUCUCCUCAAGCUACACCACCACAUCCACAAUAUCUGCACGCCAUUACCUUGCCCUGCACGGCCUUCAAAUUCGGCACUUGCAUCUGGUCUAUGCGAAAUAUGGAUGGAUCAAGCGCGGACGCAGCUUCCAUCAUUCGUCACAGCAGCCCCUUUGGUUGCAGCUGAGAAAAGGACACCUACUGCUGAUCACUGGCACUCAAUAGGUUUGAUACACCUUAUCGUCACACUGAUUUUCCUUUGGGAGGUACUGCACAACUACAUGCACCUCGUCACCACUAUCCAUAUCACAAACAUGCGGAGCAUGUCAAAGGAUAAGAUCAACCUAUAUUCCUUUCAUUACAAGGAAUGCUUUCGCAGUGUACUUAAGCUUUACAAGGAAGCACAGAUCCGACCUGUCCAUCAUAUGGCUUUCCACUAUGAAAUGCUGCUCAAAGCUUUUGGACCAGUCCACUCUUGGUGGGCAUGGGCAUUUGAGAGGUUUAAUUACACCCUUCAGAAUAUAAAGACUAACUCAAGGUUUGGUGAG